AUGGUACUCUCAGCCCAGGGCUCUCGGGCUCCAGGUCCUAAUCCGAAGGAACCGGAGGACUCUGAAGAACUUGCCAGAUUCAGAGCAGAAUGGAGGGCAGAACUCGCACGACGCAAGGCUGCAGAGCAGUCUGAACAGAAGGGGAAACAGCCAGAAGAGACCCAGGGCCAGGCCGAGGCGAAACUUUCAACCAGGAACGCUAAUCAUCGACCACCCAUCAGAGCUUUAACAACCGGUGCUCAUGUUCCUGGAGGAUCCGCACAGAAGCAGCAGGUCCUUCCUCUCCAUCCGGCUAUCCAGGACGGAAAGCUGGCAUCGGCCCUGGGCAAGUCAUCCACCUUGUCCGCGGCUCUGCAAGUCUACAAACAGGCUGUCCAGCAUGAACAACGGCAAGACUUGGACACUGCUUUAAUUUUGUAUCGUCAGGCCUUCCGUCUGGACCCCCACGUCGACCGGGCUUACCACAGAGAGGAAUUACUACAGGCCAAGUUACAAGAGUAUAAGGAGAAAGCGACAGUACAUCUACCACCUUCCGAGGCCGCGGAAGUGAAGCAACUCGUGUCUGGAUUGCAGCAGCUAGCGCUCAAGACCACGACCGACGACAGGCAGCGGGCCCUGACAGGCAGUCUCGCCAAGAUCACAGCCGGCUUUCCUUCGGAUAUCCAAUUCGAGCCCGAGGACGAGAAACAACCUGUACAUCUUAACAUCUUGCCUCCAGAGAUGCUGUUUGCUAUUCUCCGAAACCUCGAUGUCACCUCCCUUGAGCGGUUCGCGACAGUCAGUAGGAAGGCCCGGUUGCUCACGCUGGACCCUGUUUACUGGAGUGACCUAGUGACCAAGACAUACAAGCCCCCACAGUUGCAAAAUAUAGAAGACCUUUUGCCUGUCAUAGAGAAAUACAAUUCGGACUUUCGACGCGUUUAUAUUGAACACCCAAGAAUUCGAAUGGACGGGGUGUACAUUGCUACUUGCCAUUAUGUUCGUGCUGGGAUAAGCGAGGAUGCUUGGAUGAGCCGAAGUCAUCUCAUCACUUACCAUCGCUAUUUGCGCUUCUACCCAAAUGGUCAAGUCCUUUCCCUUUUGGCCAACGAGCAACUCAGCCCUCAAGAUGUCAUCCCCAUGCUGAAGCCAACUCUCCGAAUGAAGGGGUUUUUCAUCGGGAACUGGUAUCUGGAAGGCACGACCUUGAACAUCGUCAACCUGUUGGACGCAAGUGGCCGAUACGCCCUACCCGAUUGGGACCUGCUCGACGCCGAACCUUUCAUUUCGAGGAACUACCGUACCCCUCCAGCACCUUCAAUACCUGACUCUGGUCAACCAGGGGUGUCGACCAAUUCGACCUUUGCCGCCAUGGGUUCAUCUGCGCCGAACGCCGCUACCACUGCAUCCCAAGCUUCCCGAUACAUCUUCGACAUGACCCUCGAAGUCCGCUCCAAGCCUCUUGGAAGGUGGAACAGACUCGAGAUUCGAUCGUACGAUUCGAUCAAUUUGGAGACUGGCGAUGUUAGCCCGUUCCCGCUGAAGAACGAGCGUCCAUUCUGGUUCUCCAAAGUCAGAUCAUACUCCCACUAGCUUCACGACGCGACUAUCUUGUCCCUAGUUCAGUAUCGUAUACAACUACCGGGAUAAUGGCAUCUGAGACCGUAUUCCAUUGCAAA